CCCAGGACCGCUCCUUCCUCCCACCUAGAUGAUGCGUUCCCCUGCGCGGACCAUCUGAGGCCACCACUCCCAGAAAUGCGUGCGUCCGAUCCCCGUCUCCGGGACCCGAGGAGCCGGCGCCCCCGCCCUGUAGGGUUAUGACUCAUUGAUUAAAAAGAAGAACUUUCCCAACUACUUUGCACUUUUGACUGCAUAUUAUGGAUAACAAGGAAGAGAAGAAGGAACGAAAACAAAGUUAUUUUGCUCGGUUGAAAAAGAAAAAACAAGCCAAACAAAAUGCAGAGACUGCCUCAGCUAUAGCUACAAGGACUCAUACUGGAAAAGGAGAUGUUAAUACAGUCAUUUUAGAGCAAGACAAGUGCAACAUUGCUGUGGAAGAAGAACGUAUUACUGAUGAGAAAAAAAAGAGAAAAAAUCAGUUAAAGGAGAUCAGACGUACAGAACUAAAGAGAUAUUAUAGUAUCGAGGACAAUCAAAACAAAACGCAUGAUAAAAAAGAGAAGAAGAUGGUGGUUCAGAAGCCCCACGGUACUGUGGAAUAUACUGCUGGAAGCCAGGACACUCUAAACUCCAUAGCACUGAAGUUUAACAUCACUCCCAAUAAAUUAGUGGAACUAAAUAAACUUUUCACACAUACUAUUGUUCCAGGCCAGGUACUUUUUGUGCCCGAUGCCAACUUUCCUUCUAGUACCUUAAGAUUAUCAUCAUCCAGUCUUGGUGCUACUGUCUCCCCUUCAUCAUCAGAUGCAGAAUAUGAUAAACUCCCUGAUGCUGACUUAGCAAGAAAUGCCAUAAAACCCAUUGAAAGAGUCCUGUCAUCUACUUCUGAGGAAGAUGAGCCGGGCGUGGUGAAAUUUUUAAAAAUGAAUUGUCGAUACUUCACUGAUGGAAAGGGUGUGGUCGGUGGUGUCAUGAUCGUCACUCCUAACAACAUCAUGUUUGACCCUCACAAGUCCGACCCCCUGGUCAUUGAAAAUGGGUGUGAGGAGUACGGCCUCAUUUGCCCCAUGGAAGAGGUGGUUUCCAUUGCCCUCUACAAUGACAUUUCCCACAUGAAGAUCAAAGAUGCCUUACCAUCUGACCUACCUCAGGAUCUUUGUCCUCUGUACAGGCCUGGAGAAUGGGAAGACCUAGCUUCAGAAAAGGAUAUCAACCCGUUUAGUAAGUUCAAAUCUCUCAGCAAGGAUAAACGGCAGCCGAGUGAAGAGAGAACUAUCACUUCAGAUUCCAAAUCAACACAGCCUUUGGAGAAAUCAACAGAACACACACAUACGAAGCCCUCGGACAGCUUGGUGUCAGGAAAGUUAAAGGACCUGGAAUCCUCUGUGGAGGCCACCAGUGUAUCUACCACAGCAACCGAGGUCAGCAAAGGACCUCCUGGCACUCAUACUGUGUUUAAAUCUAUAGCCAAAGAAAAUUCCCUUUUAGGAGGAGAAGAUGACUUUGUUGACUUGGAAGAACUUCCUUCUCAAAAUGAUAGCAGAAUGGACAAAAGAGACACCUCAAAGGAGUGCCUUUCUCUUGACCCAGAGGAGCAAAAGAAGGCUAAGGCACAAAUCAGUUCUGUUAUGGAAAUGCAGGUGCAGUCAGCCCCGGACUUUUCAAGAACAGAGAGUGAUGCUGAACUGAAGGGGGCCCUAGAUUUAGAAACCUGUGAGAAGCAAGAUGAAAUGCCGGAGGUGGACAAGCAGUCUGGCUCUCCAGAAAGCCAGAUGGAAAACACACUGAACAUACAUGAAGAUCUAGAUAAGGUUAAACUUAUUGAAUACUAUCUUAAUAAAAACAAAGAAGGGUCACAGUUAUCGGAUAACUUGCAGGAGACAGAAUUAAGUGAUAGCAAAAGUAUCGAGCCAGCAGGAAUAGAUAUCACCCUUAGUAGUUCUCUUCCCCAGGCUGUUGAGCCCCCAGCUGAGGGCAAUAAAGACCCCGAUAAAAACUGGGUGAAAGAAAAAACACCCCAUCCCCUGCAACUAGGCUCUUCUACAGAAGAAAAUACGAGUAAAGAGCCUCUAGACGACUCUUUGGGAUCUGCUCUGGACAAUAGCUGUCAAGGCGCACAAGUGGAUAAUAAAUCUGAAAUCCAGUUGUGGCUGUUGAAGAGAAUUCAGGUGCCCAUUGAAGAUAUACUUCCUUCAAAAGAAGAGAAAAGCAAGACUCCACCCAUGUUUCUGUGCAUUAAAGUGGGAAAACCAAUGAGAAAAUCCUUCGCCACUCACUCUGCAGCCAUGGUCCAGCAGUACGGCAAGCGAAGGAAACAGCCCGAGUACUGGUUUGCUGUCCCUCGGGAGAGGGUGGAUCACUUGUACACAUUCUUUGUUCAGUGGUCUCCUGACGUCUAUGGGAAAGAUGCCAAAGAACAAGGCUUUGUGGUGGUGGAAAAGGAAGAACUGAAUAUGAUUGACAACUUCUUCAGCGAGCCGACCACCAAGAGCUGGGAGAUCAUCACCGUUGAGGAGGCAAAGCGCAGGAAGAGCACGUGCAGCUACUAUGAGGACGAUGAUGAGGCAGCCCUGCCGACCCUGCAGCCCCACAGCGCGCUCCUGGAGAACAUGCACAUCGAGCAGCUGGCCCGACGCCUUCCAGCAAGGGUGCAAGGGUAUCCAUGGAGACUGGCAUAUAGCACAUUGGAGCACGGGACCAGCUUGAAAACUCUCUAUCGGAAAUCAGCAUCACUAGAUAGCCCCGUCCUAUUGGUCGUCAAAGACAUGGAUAAUCAGAUUUUCGGAGCGUAUGCCACCCACCCUUUCAAAUUCAGUGACCACUAUUAUGGCACAGGCGAAACUUUUCUGUACACGUUUAGCCCCAAUUUCAAGGUCUUCAAGUGGAGUGGAGAAAACUCAUACUUUAUCAAUGGAGACAUAACUUCUCUAGAACUUGGUGGUGGAGGGGGACGAUUUGGUUUAUGGCUAGAUGCUGACUUAUACCACGGACGAAGUAAUUCCUGCAGCACUUUCAAUAACGAUAUUCUUUCCAAAAAGGAAGACUUCAUAGUUCAGGACCUUGAGGUAUGGACAUUUGAGUGAAACUCAGGCUGCCUUAAAAUACAACAUUGAAAAGAUUGGGUUUGCUCAGCUCCCCUAAAGCUGGCUGGAAGACAAGCGCCUGCUUAGACUGCCUCAUGCCCCCAUGAUGCUUCCUUCCUGCCGUCACCGCGGAGCACGACCACAUUGCAGAGGGCCUGCAGGGCACGUGCGGAGGGCUGCCGCCGCCCGGAGCGGCCAGGCAUCCAGGCUGCUGGAAGACUUUGUGCUCCUGCUUUCUUCAAGUCCACGCAGUGAGGAAUCAGAGUAUUUAUGAUGUAUGAGUUGAAUGCAACUUUUAUUUUUGGUAACUGUGAAAAAAAAGAUACUGUGGAAAUAUAUACAUGCCUUGUGUAUUUAUCAACAUAAUUUUCAUUACCAAAAUGUACAGCAUACUAUCGUUUGCCAUGGGAAAGGUUAGUCUUGUUUAGAAAAAUUGAAGGUGCACAGCACUGAAAAGGGUAUGUAUAGGAUUUUUUAAAAAGUUUUAUUUAUUAUUUCUAGGAUAUUGUUUGAAAUGUGUUGCCGGUUUUUUUUUCUAUUAAUGUGUCAAAUCUUGAAAAAAAAAAGAAAUGUGCUAUGUUUGGCAACAAUUCCAUUUGAUUUAUAUAGUUUUAUAUUGAGCUUUUUUUUUGCCCUGAUUGUUUAGGGUGAUAGAUCUUGAACAGCAUAUAUAUAUAUAUAUAUAUAUAUAUAUAUAUAUAUGCUUAAUUGUGAAUUUUAAAAAACUCAUUACCAAUGUUCAUUGAUUUGACUGUUGUAGGCGAGCUCUCAGUUUAGUCAUUGAAAAGGUACAUUUUUAGUUACUUAUUCUGAACAUAGUUGUAUAAAGAAGAAAAAGCCAUUUCUCAGUUAAAAUUUGAUAUUUACAAAAGUAGAUGGAUACCUUUAUGAACCUAGACUAGAACAGACUCUGCUUUUAAAAAGAAAAUGUUUUGCUUCUUAUAAAAUCAUUUGUUAGUAAUAAGAACUUUAUUUUCAUAGUGUUUUGCAUAAUUUUUCCCAAGUUUUUACACUAACAAACAGGCCUCUGUUUUUAAAAGGACUGUUUUGUAUCAAAGGACAAGUAUCAAAUUAGCCCAACCACCUUGGUUUUCUCUUUUAUUUGAGAAAAAAAGAACAAUGCAAAGAAAUGCAUUCAUACCAAAAUUGGAACAAAAAAUAAAACCUAUUUUUCAACAUCAACCCAUUUUCACAUCAUAAAAUACUUUUAUUAAAUAUAAUAAUAAAACCUUAUUGAAAAGCUGACCAAUAUUAUUGAUUGCCAGAGUAUUAUGAAAGCCAAAGACUGCUAAUGGAAAAAAAUUUCAUAUAAUAGCCAAAGCUGAGAAGUGGUCUGUCAUAAAUUAUAUCCCCAGUGAUUUUGGAAAGAAAAGAAUUAAUAACAAAAGUAGCAUUUAUAUAAUUGCAUUUAGAAAAUAAUAAUAAUACAGUUGGUAGAAUGUAAGCCUUAAGCUGACAGAAUAUUCCCUGGAGAUUAUUCCCUUCCUUUAGACUGUUUAUAGAGGACAACAGACACGGUGCCAAGGGGCCUCUGGUCAGAUCCACAGCUACUUAACUCCACGUACAUUCCACGUAAGUUGCAAUGAAUGCUGUGAAGGCUCAAGUCUGUAGCCUGGGUGUGCUUUCCCCUGAGUUUUUCUGUUGAGAAUUCUUGAUAAACAACAUACUGGCAGUUUAACUUUCAUGUGCUCCUUAAAUGAUGUGUUGGUGUGAGAUACCAGGGACGUCUCGUGAUGACCACGUUUACCAGGUAUGCCGUUUGCAACCAUACGCUAUUAGCAAACAGUCAUUUGCAUAUAAUUCACUCUUACCUAGUUUAGUCCAUGAUAUUAUAUGUACUUGUGAGAGCAUAUCCAGAUGCUGUGUUCUCUAUUUAAAACAGUAUUGUCCAAUCAGAAAUGUGUGGCCCUUCAUUUAUGGAUAUCGAAUAUAUGUAAUGCAGUGCUAGCCCAAUAUUUUCAAUAAAGGAAUUUAUGCAUUCA